CCGGGCCGCCCGCCUCCUUCCUCUAGUCGUCGUCCGGCGCUUCCUCCUCCUCCACCAACCCUCGGCCCUCCCCUCCGCCUCUGCCCUCCUCCUAGGCAUCUUACCGCCAGCCAACCGCGCGGCCGCUUGUUGAGCCAGGGCUCCACCGUCUCCAUGACGCCCGGCAAACAUUCCAUUGACACUGCUCGAGCCGCUAACGCCGGGGUUUGGGGUACAGGGCCACCACAAGCAGCCAGGGAAAGGAGUUGGUCUGCCACUCCCCAUUCAGUCGCCAACAUGCCCAUCUCUCCGCCAGGCAGCCGCAAACAGCCGCCGAGCGUCGGGUUGACCGUGGGCCCACAAGUAAGGAAGUCUAUUAGCUUUAUUAGUACUGUAAAAGGAACUCAAACAAAAGGAUAUGCCGGUGCAAACCAAAGCAGAAUGGCUAUGUCAAAAACCAUGAUGAUUCUACCAGAAAUGAAAAUAGAAAAAAUGAACAUUUCCUCCCCCAAGAUGAGAGAUACUCAGGUGAUUGAUGUAAAUGGAGUUGAUGUGACUCCCCGGCCUCUUUACCAUCCAGAUCCACAUACUGUUACAACAAAGCCAAAUAAAAUACUGACAUCACAAGAAGGAUCACUUGGAUCAGAAUUUAUAUCUUCCUAUAGCCUUUAUCAGAAUACAAUAAAUCCUAGUUUAUUAGGACAGUUUACAAGGUCAGCUUUAGGAAGCAGUACUAUUUCCAAAUCAAGUGUAUCAACGACUGAAUCAAUAGCAGAAGACCUGGAAGAACCAUCCUAUAAACGAGAAAGAUUGGUUAGUUAUACAGAUUUACGAGUUGUGAGAACAACACCUGAAAAAAUUGUAACAAAAGAAGACUUGGAGAAAAAUAUAGAGAUAAUACUCACAGAGACAGAAACUUUGAGAUUUUUUGACCUGCCAACAGUCAUGGUCUCUGUAGAAUCUGAAGAAGCUGAGAAAGUAAACCAGAGAAACAGGAAUUAUGAAACUCUUUGUAAAAAUAGAGCAGGCAAUGACUUAUAUGUUGAAAGGAUGAUGCAGACUAUUAAUGGAGCACCAAAGACAAAAGAAGUUCAAUGUCACAAAAUCAUAAUGGAGGACAAAGGCAUAAUGUCCACUGCUUGGGAUUUGUAUGAUUCUUAUAAUGCUGUGGAACUUUCAUCUUCAUCAGUAAAACCAUCUAAAAUUGAAUCUAGUAAGGCAAAUAUACCCUCGAAAGACCGGGACCAAAGAGUACCAGGGAGUACUACAGAAAAAAAUAGUGAAGCAAGUUCUCUAAUGGAUAUUGAAAAUGUAAUUCUUGCUAAAAUCCAUGAAGAUGAAGAAGACCACUCAGAAGCAAUAUUAAAAUCUGACAAAUUUCAUCAAGACUUAUUUUUUAUGGAACGGGUUUUAAUGGAAAAUGUAUUUCAGUCCAAGCUUGCAGCUUAUCGUCAGCUUCCUGUUUUAAAAGAGCCCGAACCUGAAGAACCUGAAGACUCUUUACAAGGUGAAGAACUUGAAGAGGUAGAGGAAGAAGUUAAGAAGGAAGAGGAAGAAGAAAUCGAAAUAGGUACAGAACAAUCGAAAAUUCCAGCCAAUUUGGAAAGACUUUGGUCAUUUUCCUGCGACUUAACCAAAGGCCUAAAUGUGAGCAGCCUUGCCUGGAAUAAAGCAAACUCAGACCUUUUGGCUGUUGGCUAUGGGCAUUUUGGAUUUAAAGAACAAAAAAGAGGAUUGGCUUGCUGCUGGUCUCUAAAGAAUACCAUGUGGCCAGAACGUAUUUAUCAGAGUCUACAUGGAGUUACUGCUGUGGAUUUCUCUACUGGAUCACCUAACCUUUUAGCAGUUGCUUAUUACAAUGGCUCAAUUGCAAUUUAUAAUGUACAGAGUAACAGUAACAUUCCAGUUCUGGAUAGUAGUGAAUCUCCUCAAAAACAUUUGGGACCUAUAUGGCAACUACAGUGGAUAGAACAAGAUCGAGGAACAACAGGUGAUGACAAAAGGGAAAUACUAGUUUCAAUAUCAGCAGAUGGAAGAAUCUCCAAAUGGGUAAUACGAAAAGGACUGGAUUGUCAUGAUUUGAUGAAAUUGAGACGAACUACUACUAGCACCAACAAAAAAGGAGGGGAAAAGGAGAAGAAAGGUGAAGCUUUGAUAUCUCGACAAGCUCCUGGGUUGUGUUUUGCUUUUCAUCCCAAGGACACAAAUAUCUAUUUGGCCGGCACUGAAGAAGGUCAUAUUCACAAAUGCUCUUGUUCAUAUAAUGAACAAUACCUAGAUACCUACCGAGGACAUAAGGGUCCAGUGUAUAAAAUAGCAUGGAAUCCAUUUUGUCAUGAUGUAUUCUUAAGUUGUUCUGCAGAUUGGGGUGUUAUUAUAUGGCAGCAGGACAAUAUCAAGCCAUUUUUGACAUUUUAUCCAACUACUUAUGUUGUUUAUGAUGUUGUCUGGUCUCCAAAAUCAUCCUAUAUAUUUGCAGCUGCCAAUGAGACCAGAGUGGAGAUUUGGGACCUUCAUAUUAGCAUUUUGGACCCUCUGAUUGUGAAUGUUGCUAACCCUGGUAUCAAGUUCACAACUGUUCUCUUUGCCAAACAAACAGAUUGCCUUCUGGUGGGAGACAGUGAUGGACAGGUCUCUGUUUAUGAACUUAGGAAUAUGCCCACUGCCAUAGAUUCUGGACGGGGAGAUGUAAUAUAUAAGUUGCUUGGACCCAAGUCAAACCACUCAGGAUAAUUCUUCAUUACUAAUUUUUUGUUUCUGUUUAAAGAACAGUAUUUAAUAUUCAAUAGAGUCUGUAAGCUGGGAUUUUUAUUUUAGAAAACAACAUUUGUUAUAUAUUUUCCAUUUAAAUUAAUAUGAUUUGAAUGAACCUUGAUUUCAGAAAUGUAUGGUUAGUUUGUGAUUAAUGCUAAUUGUAAGAGUUUUGUCAGAAUUUUCUUAAUUUUUCUAAAGAUAUUCCUACUCUAAUUCGUGGACAUAUCCCAAUUUAUAUUUAUUUAUAAUAUUUGCAAAGAGGUUAGGAAAUUAUUAUACCUUGAGAAGCAAAAUUUGGAAAUUAUUAGAAAAACUUAAAGCAAAAUCUUUAUAAGACAAGUUUCCAUAGACUUAAAUCUUCUGAUUUUCAAACUCUGUAUUCCAGAGUUUAUAAAUUAUGCAGCUGCUACUAUAGUGAGAAUAUUAGAUUCUCAUACCCAACUUUGAAUCAGAAUUUUACCGUAUUAGAUCUGAGUGCUUAAGCUAUAGAACUUUGUUAGAUUAUUUGGCUGCAAAAAACAUGGCUGCAAAUGUCAGAAUUGCAUUGUGUAUGGCCAGUGGGCAUCACACUCCUAAUCCAGUGAGAAGAGCCCAGUAUGCAUCAGGAUACCCUUCUCUGCAUGCCCAGAUAUGCUCUGGAUUUUAAACCCAGACUUAAGUGGGUCCAGAGAGAAAU